UGUUUUUGUUGAGUCAGUGUCACUGAUGAAGGGAGAUUCUGUAACUGAUGUCACUGAAAUACUGCAAGAUGAAGAGAUUGAGUGGAGGUUUAAUGACACUCGCAUAGCUCGAGUGAUUGAGAACAAUGUCACGUAUGAUAAUGUGCAGUUCAAGGACAGACUGCAGCUGGACAAUCAGACUGGAGAUCUCAAGAUCACAAACAUCAGCACCACAGACUCGGGACUUUAUAAGUUUGUGAUCUCCAGCCCCAGAAGGACCUCAGAGAAGACAUUCAGUGUCAUAUGUUUGAGAGAUUCAGGAGUGAAGUCACUGUCAGUGCUGGAGGGAGAUUCAGUCACUCUGCUCUCUGGUGUCUCUGAAAUACAGAGAGAUGGUGUGAUACGAUGGAUAUUUGAACAGCAGGAAUCUCCUUUAGCUGAAAUCAAUAGAACAGCUGAAAUCUUCAACACAUAUGACAAUGUUCUUGGUGGGAGAUUCAGAGACCGACUGAAGCUGGAUCAUCAGACUGGAUCUCUGACCAUCACAAACACUAGAACCACAGACUCUGGACUUUAUCAACUAGAGAUCAGCAGCAGCAAACACACCAUACACAAGACCUUCACUGUGACUGUCAGUGGUGAAAUAAAGACAGUACUAGUUAUAGAGGGAAAUUCUGUCACUCUACACACUGACACUGAGAAAGUGGAUGAAGAAAGAGUGUUUGGAGACAUAGCUAACAUCUCUGAAGGACGUUUUUCUGCAUAUGGUGGUCCUGAUGGAAAAUUUAGAGACAUACUGAAUAAUGUCACAGCUAGGCCGAUCACAAAUGAUACAGGUCUGUCUCGCAACUGGAUAAUAGGAAUAUGUGCUGCUUUUAUUAUUUUAGUGGUGCUUGCAGCUAUUUCUAAGAUUUGUGAUUGUUGCAAACUGUUGCUGUGCUGGUGGUAAGACAACAACCAGCAGGGCUACAGACUAGCAUCUGAGAGCAGUUGCACCAGUGCCAUUAAGGUCUACCGAUGGGGUGCCAUUACUAAUGUUUUGCAUUAAUAUGUGCCAUUACUAUUAAUGUGUAUUUCUUGGUAAAGCACGUUUGACAGUAAAGCAUUAAGCUUCAGUUGAGAAUCAUACAAAAUUAUCAAUAUAUACUAUAUACUAUAGCAGGAGUCACUUAACUUGGACCUUGAGGGCCGGUUAGCUCCAACCCCAAUUAAAUACCUAAACCAGCUAAUCAAGCUCUUAAACUUUAAACUUUCAUGCAGGUAUGUUGAGGCAAGUUGGAGCUAAACUCUGCAAGACACCGGCCCUUCAGGACCGAGUUUGGUGACCCCUGUUCUAUAGUAUUAUGUGUAACUGACCAAUAACUUAAUUACAACACUUAAUGUGUGAUUCAUUCACAAAAUUAAAAGUUUGUUUUUCAAGGCACUUUGUGACUUUUCUUACUUCAUACACAAAAAAGUGCAAAAUUAGAUUUUUUGAUUUGAUAUAAUAGUGAAAUUUAUAAUUUCAAGCAAGCAAAAGAGCAGAAACCAAUUAUUAAUGAGCCAAAAAUGCUCAUCUGCUUCCAUCUACUGG